AUUACCUGCUUUCGUUCCUCACAUCUCAUCCGAUCGGCAUGGCGACUCAGAUGGACGCGUACCUUCUGCUCGGCCGAGCGGCGUGGAUGGCGCCCAAGAUCGCCUACCACGACGAGCAGGACGACGACGACAUCGGCUCCGCCUCCGACUCCGACUCCGAGGCCACGUCCUCCUCCUCCGACCUCGCCGACGACGCGACCUCCUCCUCGUCUUCCUCCUCCGCCGACGACCUCUUCGAGAUGUCCGCCCUCAUGACCCAGCUCCCGAUCAAGAGAGGAUUGUCCAGGUUCUUCGACGGCAAGUCGCAGUCCUUCGCGUCGCUCGCCGCGGUGGGCUCCCUCGAGGACCUGGCCAAGCCGGCCAGGAAGCGCCUCAACCCGUCGAGGAGCUGCGGGGGCGGCCUCGCCGCGCGCCGGGACCGGGUCCUCUCGCCGCGCCGGCACUGCCCCAAGGCCGCCAGGAAGGCGGCUGCCAGGGCCGCGCUCUCGGUGCUCGGCGGCGGCGGAUCGCCCAGGAGGGUGAUCGUCGGCAACGUUCUGCUUGUUAGUUAGGUGCUCGGCUCACGCGGCAAUGCCAACGGCUGUUGGUUCUUCUUUUCCACUGUGUUCCGAGUUCUUUGUGGCAGAAGAGACUGUACUAGAAAUCAACGGCAGAAUUUGGAUGGUUACUUCAGUGGAAAUACCAU